GCCGGCGCCGCCCGCGGGCCAGCAGGGUGCGUUGCGCCGCGCGGUGUCUGAGGCGGCGGCUCCGCUCCGCGCCCGCCGCGCCCGCUCCCGCCGGUACCGGAGAUUUGUCCUUUCCCCCUGCAGGAAGUGCCAGAGGAGGUGGGGACACCUGCCCAGGAGCAAUCCAGGAAUCCAGAAAAAAAAAUCAAAAAUCCAGAAAAAAAUCAAAAAUCUCCAUCUGGAGAACGAGGCUGCUCUGCAGUAGGAAGCAGGUGGCAGCACUGCCCUUGCUGCCCGUGUUAUUCCUGGCUGGGAGAUUCCCUGGAUCCAACCCCGCGGUCUGGACCGACUGACAGACAGCAUUCCUGCGCCCUUAGGAUUCUGCUGUGCUGGGGCCCGGAGCCGAUGGCAGAGAAUGUCCACGACUAACAACAUAGCUCAGGCCAGGAAGCUCGUGGAGCAGCUCCGCAUCGAGGCCGGGAUCGAGAGGAUCAAGGUCUCCAAAGCAUCCUCGGAGCUGAUGAAUUACUGUGAGCAGCAUGCUCGGAAUGAUCCUCUGCUGGUGGGAGUUCCUGCUUCUGAGAAUCCCUUUAAGGACAAAAAGCCCUGCAUCAUCCUAUAGCCGUGGAUCCUUCCGGAAGGAAUUUCCCCAUCCAGCCUCUGGAUCCAGGCUCCUCCACAGCUCCACCUGCACCCAGGGGUAAAAAACUCAACGCUGGCUUCAAACAGAACUUCAAAAAAAAUUCCUGAGAAAAACAAAAAAAAAAUCCAAGAAAAACAAAAAAAAAUCCCAGAGAAAAACAAAAUAA